AUGAAAGCUUCAUUGAAAUUUCGAGAAAAUCAAAAUCCAAUUGUCAAAGCCAAAAUCCCAUUAGGUUUUCCAUUACGGUCUAGUAUUGAAACCAGCACUAAUGAUGUCAAAGACAGAGAUUUAUGUUUGAGUUUCAGUACCUUUUUCCAAUCCGGUCCGGUUCUGAAGCUGUUUUACCGGCCCAAUGAUUCAGACCGGCCUUUCGGGUUGGUUGUGAAAACCGGAGUCGGAUCUUUUGGUUCUCCCAUUGAAGCACCCAUGACCAUGAGUGCGGAGUUUAAUUUUCUAGGUAAUGGAAACCCUAGCUUUUUCAUUCACUUUAAACCUCGAUUGGGUGAUUUUUCAAUCCGGAGAUCGGUCAAUUCGAGGAAAAUCGAAAACGACGACGUACAGAGCAACAAUUUUGUCCCUAAGGAUGAUGAGAAGAAGAGCGGGAAAGUGACCUGGGCUAAUUUGUUUGCGGCGGAGGGAUUAUUGGGUGGGGAAGUACACGCGAGAACGGUGUUUCCGAUAGUGGAUAAAGUGGUGGGGAAGAUAGGAUGGAGUUUGAAGUUUCCGGCGACGGGGAAAAUGCCGUACAUGGCGGUUAGCAAAUUGGCGAUCGAACACGUGUGGAAGGAUAAGGCGAAUUCGCGGGGGAAUGAUGGUGACGUGGCUGAGGCGUGUUUGGCAUUGAAGAAAGAGCUGGUUGAUUUGGAAUCGGAGAAAGAGUCUUUAUGGAAGGAGCUGGAGGAGAUGAAGAUGUCUACCGGCAAGUUUGUGCCGGCCGCCGGUGGUAGAAAGAUGAUGAGAUUGAGAAGAAUCAUAGAGAGAGUGAAAAGUAGAUCAAAAGCUGGUAGAAGUGGAGAGAUUAAGAAGAGUUGUGCAGUUAAUACUGUGUGA